AAAUAAUAAUUGUAUAGUAUUUAUACAAUAAGUUAUUAUUAUUAUUCACUAUGGCCUGUCAACAACUAACUACAGUUUGCAUUUUUAUUACCACAUGUCAAAUGGUAUAUGGGCCGCUCACAAGAAGUCAAGGCCUCUCUCUCUCUAAUUACCGGGCACGACUUAGGCGCAACAGGGGUCAAUGGAUGGUACCACCGAAAGGCUUCAAAAUAAUGAGUAGGCGAGCCGUCCAUAAUAAUUUUCCGAGGAAUUCGUAUAAGAUACAGUCAUUACCGAACGCUAUUAGGAACAGUAAUCGCGGGUCGUCAUCACCGUUAAGGACCGUAAAAAAGAUCAUCAAAAGGGUCAUUAAAAGGAGCUGUCAACAACUAACUGCAGUGUGCAUUUUUAUGACCACAUAUUAUCAAAUCGCAUCCGGGCAAUUGUCAUUUAUUCAAAGGCUCGCUUUGUCGCGUAACUACCCACAUUCCUUGGUGAACCACGGAGUGUUGAGGCGACCCCCGACUGGCUACCACUAUGAGUCGAGAAGACACAUCAUUGAUACUUAUCCCAGCAAUUCGUAUACUAUAAAAUACGGUCUAUCGCACAUUGUGGGAAGCAACAACAAUAAUGGUGGGUCAAAACCGUCAAAGGGUGGACAAAAAAAGCCCAAAAAAGGGAAAAAAAUGAAGAAAUCUGAUGACGAAGAAGAAUUGGAUGGUGACACCUCUUCGCCUUCCAAGGAUCCACCACCUAAACCAACUGGUAGUCCGACAACCGGGACUCCACCUACAGCCGGUUCUCCACCUCCUCCACCUCCUCCACCUCCUCCACCUCCUCCACCUCCACCAUCGACGUCUGCAGCAUAGUGUGCGCUCUACAGCCAAAGUACUAAAUGGACGGACGGUAGCGAUGGUGUUGGAGUAUUAUUAUCAGCCUUACAAAAAUUAUAACAUGCAGUUUUUUUAAAAAUAAUUUAUCUUUAUGGUUAAUAAAAGAAGUGACAAUACA